GCUUCACCUGUUUCUGUACAGCUACCUGGAAAAGAAACGACUGCAGUUCCCCCGCUUUUUCUUUGUGUCCGAUCCUGCUUUACUGGAAAUCCUCGGACAAGCCAGUGACUCUCACACCAUCCAGGCUCAUCUCCUGGGAGUGUUCGACAACGUCAGUGAGGUGGAGUUUCAUGUCAAGGACUACGACAAGAUUUUGGCGGUGAUCUCUCAGGAGGGCGAGAAAGUACCCCUGGACAAACCAGUAAUGGCGCGCGGUCCUGUGGAACUCUGGUUGGGAGAGUUACUGGUGCAACAGCAAGCCUCACUGCACUCAGUCAUAAAAGCAGCUCAGCUGCAGAUUAAUGAGCCCGACUUCCAGCUCCUCACCUUCCUUAACCAGGUCCAAGCUCAGGUGGGCCUGCUGGGCAUUCAGAUGCUCUGGACUCGAGACUCAGAGGAGGCACUGCAGAAUGCCAAGAAGGACAAGAGGGUCAUGUCUGUGACAAACCAGAAGUUUCUGGAUCUGCUGAACACGCUGAUAGCACAGACGACUCACGACUUGUCCAAGUUCGAGCGUGUUAAGUUUGAGACGCUGGUUACAAUCCACGUCCAUCAGAGAGACAUUUUUAAUGAUUUGGUGAAAAUGAACAUCAGGUCCCUCGGUGACUUUGAAUGGCUGAAGCAGAGCAGAUUUUAUUUCCGGGAGGAUCAGGAUCACGUCGCAGUGUCGAUCACGGACGUCGACUUCAUCUAUCAGAACGAGUUUUUAGGCUGCACGGACAGGCUGGUCAUCACUCCUCUUACAGACAGGUGUUACAUUACCUUAGCUCAGGCGUUAGGUAUGAGUAUGGGCGGAGCUCCUGCUGGUCCGGCUGGGACGGGCAAAACCGAAACCACCAAAGACAUGGGCCGCUGCCUGGGGAAGUACGUCGUGGUCUUUAACUGCUCCGACCAGAUGGACUUCAGAGGACUGGGCAGGAUUUAUAAAGGUCUGGCUCAGUCUGGGUCCUGGGGAUGCUUCGAUGAGUUUAACAGGAUCGACCUGCCCGUGCUGUCGGUCGCUGCACAGCAGAUCCACAUCGUCCUGAGCGCUCGCAAAGAGCGCAAAGCUCAGUUCCUCUUCACCGACGGAGACUGUGUGGAUCUGAACCCCGAAUUCGGACUCUUUAUUACCAUGAACCCGGGCUACGCCGGUCGCCAGGAACUGCCCGAAAAUCUAAAGGUGCAGUUCAGGACCGUUUCUAUGAUGGUUCCUGACAGACAGAUCAUCAUGAGAGUCAAACUGGCCAGCUGUGGUUUCAUCGAGAACGUUAUACUGGCUCAGAAGUUCUUUGUGCUUUAUAAACUGUGUGAGGAGCAGCUCACGAAGCAGGUUCACUAUGAUUUUGGGUUGAGGAACAUUCUGUCGGUUUUGAGGACUCUGGGAGCUGAGAAACGGGCUCGACCCUCAGACUCUGAGUCCAGCAUCGUGAUGAGGGUUCUGCGUGACAUGAACCUCUCCAAACUGGUGGAUGAAGACGAGCCUCUGUUUCUCAGUCUGAUCAGUGACCUGUUUCCUGGGAUUCAGCUGGAUAACAGCACCUACGCUGAGCUGCAGGCUGCAGUCGCCACACAAGUGCAACAAGCAGGAAUCGUUAAUCACCCGCCGUGGAACCUCAAGCUCAUACAGUUAUACGAGGCGUCGCGGGUGCGUCACGGCCUGAUGACCCUCGGCCCGAGCGGAGCCGGAAAGACGACCGCCAUUAACAUCCUCAUGCGCGCCAUGACAGAGUGCGGCGCUGCUCACAGAGAGAUGAGGAUGAACCCCAAAGCCAUCACCGCGCCCCAGAUGUUCGGCCGUCUGGACGCCGCUACCAACGACUGGACCGACGGGAUCUUCUCCACCCUGUGGAGGAAAACUCUCAGAACUAAAAAGGGAGAAAACAUCUGGAUUGUGCUGGAUGGGCCAGUAGACGCCAUCUGGAUCGAGAACCUGAACUCGGUGCUGGACGACAACAAAACUCUGACCCUGGCGAACGGUGACCGGAUCCCUAUGUCCCCGAGCUGUAAGCUGGUGUUUGAGGUGCACAACAUGGACAAUGCUUCUCCCGCUACCGUCUCCAGAGUGGGCAUGGUGUUCAUGAGCUCCUCCGCUCUCAGCUGGAGACCCAUUCUGCAGGGCUGGACCAACAAGCGCAGUGCUCAGGAAGCUGACAGCCUGAUGAGCCUGUAUGAUAAGAUAUUUGAAGAUGCUUAUAUAUUCAUGAAACAAAACCUCAAGCCAAAAAUGCAGCUCUUGGAGUGCAACUACGUUAUGCAGUCGGUAAACCUGCUGGAGGGUCUGAUUCCUCCUAAAGAUGCUGGAGGCACGUUGAGCAGCGAGCACCUGGAGCGCCUCUUCGUGUUCUGCAUGAUGUGGAGUCUGGGAGCUCUGCUGGAACUGGAUGACCGGGACAAGAUGGAGCUGUUCGUUCGCUCUCAUGAAAGCAAGCUUGACCUGCCACCGACAGAGCCUGGCCAGACCAUGUUCGAGUACAUGGUCAAUCAGAACGGUGACUGGGAUCACUGGAGUAAAUACGUCGUGCAGUACGUCUACCCCACAGACUCGGCACCAGACUACACGUCCAUUCUCGUUCCCAACGUGGACAACACCAGAACGAGCUUCCUGAUUGAGGCCAUCGCAAAACAGCGCAAGGCUGUUCUCCUCACCGGUGAACAGGGGACUGCCAAGACGGUCAUGAUUAAGGCCUACACGAAGAAAUACAACCCUGAGAUGGAUCUGUUCAAAUCCAUGAACUUCUCCUCCGCCACGGAGCCGAUCAUGUUCCAGCGGGCAGUAGAGAGUUACAUAGAGAAGCGGCUGGGCAGCACAUACGGACCCCCCGGCAGACGGAGACUGACCGUUUUUAUUGAUGACAUCAACAUGCCUGUCGUCAAUGAAUGGGGAGAUCAGAUCACAAAUGAAAUAGUGCGUCAGACGAUGGAGAUGUCGGGCAUGUACAGUCUGGAUAAACCCGGUGAUUUCACCACCAUAACAGACGUUCAGAUGAUGGCCGCCAUGAUCCAUCCCGGCGGUGGCAGGAACGAUAUUCCUCAGAGACUGAAGAGACAGUUCACAGUGUUUAACUGCACGCUUCCGGCCAACUCCUCCAUCGACAUGAUCUUCGGAAUUAUUGGCUGUGGAUAUUUCCAUCAGUGUCGAGGAUUUACACCAGAGAUCUCUGACACUGUACAGCGUCUCGUACCCGCUUCCCGGAUUCUCUGGCAAUGGACCAAGGGGAAGAUGUUGCCCACUCCAUCAAAGUUUCACUACUUCUUCAACCUAAGAGAUCUGUCCAGGAUUUGGCAGGGCAUGCUGAAGAUCAGAGCAGAAGAGUGUGAGACAGUCGCCACCCUCCUGUCCUUGUUCAAGUGUGAAUGCACUCGAGUCAUCGCAGACCGGUUUGUGUGUGAGGAGGAUAAGCACUGGUUCGAGAAGUCUAUAGCCCAGGUCAUUCAGGAACACGUGGAUCCUGCUUUGGUGCCACACCUCCACCCCGACCCUUACUUUGUGGACUUCCUGAGAGAGGCUCCAGAGCCUACAGGAGAGGAGGCUGAUGACGCCUGUCUCGACGCUCCCAAAAUCUAUGAACUGGUGCCGGACUUCCAGUUCCUGUCGGAGAGACUGCGGUUCUAUCAGAGCCAGUAUAACGAGGCUGUUCGGGGCUCACAUCUGGACCUGGUCUUCUUUACUGAUGCCAUGACCCACCUCAUCAAGAUCUCCCGCAUCAUCAGGACCGAUGGAGGAAGCGCUCUGCUGGUGGGAGUGGGAGGGUCGGGCAAGCAAAGCCUUUCACGGCUCGCGUCGUACAUCGCCGGUUACAGGAUAUUCCAGAUUACACUCACUAGAACCUAUAACAUCAGCAACCUGAUGGAUGACCUGAAAGUGCUGUUCAGAACGGCCGGCGCUGAAGGAAAAGGCGUCACGUUCAUCUUCACGGACAACGAGAUAAAAGACGAGGCCUUCCUAGAGUACCUUAACAAUGUUUUGUCAUCUGGAGAGGUCUCGAACCUUUUUGCUCGUGAUGAACUGGACGAGAUAACACAGAAUCUCAUCCCCGUAAUGAAAAAGGAGACGCCCCGAGUGCCGCCCACCUUUGAUAAUCUGUAUGAAUACUUCAUCUCCCGGGCCAAAAAGAACCUCCAUGUGGUGCUGUGUUUUUCCCCGGUGGGGGAGAAGUUCCGCUCCCGCUCUCUGAAGUUCCCCGGACUGAUAUCCGGAUGCACCAUGGACUGGUUCACCCCGUGGCCGAGUGAAGCCCUGAUGGCCGUGUCCCAGUAUUUCCUCUCGGACUUCCACAUGGUCUGUUCGCCUGAGGUGAAGACUGCGGUGGUCCAGACUAUGGCCGUCUAUCACGACAGAGUCUCCUCCACCUGCGAGAGCUACUUUGAGAGAUUCAGACGAAGGGCCCACGUCACCCCGAAAUCCUACCUGUCCUUCAUCAAUGGAUACAAAACCCUCUAUACAGAGAAGCACACCCACAUCAACACUCUUGUUGAGCGCAUGAAUGUCGGUCUAGCCAAGCUAAUGGAAGCCAGCGAAUCCGUCGCGCAGCUGUCCAGAGACCUGGUGGUGAAGGAGCAGGAGCUGGCGUUGGCCUCGGCCCGAGCCGACAAGGUCCUCAAGGAGGUGACUGUGAGCGCCGAGGCCGCCUCUGUGGUCAAAAACGAGGUGCAGGUGGUGAAGGAUAAAGCGCUGAAGAUCGUGGAGGAAAUCGAGAAGGAAAAAGGUGUGGCAGAGCUGAAGCUGCAGGCGGCUGAACCUGCACUCAUGAAAGCUGAGGCGGCUUUAAACACCAUCAAACCGGCCGAUAUCGCAACAGUGAGGAAACUGUCCAAGCCACCACAUUUAAUCAUGAGAAUUAUGGACUGCUGUCUGCUUCUCUUCCGCAAGAAGCUGGACCCCGUCGUCAUGGAUCCAGAGAGGCACUGCCUUAAGCCCUCCUGGAGCGAAGCCAUGAAGCUGAUGAGCGGCGGCGGCUUCCUGACGUCACUGCAGCAGUUUCCUAAGGACACGAUAACCGAAGAGACGAUGGAGCUGCUGGAGCCGUACUUCCAGAUGGAGGAUUACACGCUGGAGAACGCCAGUAAAGUGUGCGGAAACGUGGCGGGUCUGCUGUCCUGGACACAGGCUAUGGCCACCUUCUUCAGCAUCAACAAGGAGGUGCUGCCACUGAAGGCUAAUCUCAGCGUUCAGGAGAACAGGCUAACGGCAGCUAAUAAGGAACUGGCUAACGCUCAGGCCCAGCUGGAUGAAAAGCAGGCAGAGCUGGACAUGGUGCUGGCCAAAUUCGAAGCAGCCAUGAAGGAGAAGCAGGAUCUGCUGAACGACGCCGAAUCGUGCAGAAAUAAAAUGCAGACGGCCUCCGCUCUGAUCGACGGGCUGAGCGGGGAGAAAGUGCGCUGGACCGAGCAGAGCAGAGAGUUCACCUCACAGAUCAGCAGGCUGGUUGGAGACGUCCUGCAGCUGACCGGCUUCCUGUCCUACUGUGGUCCGUUCAACCAACAGUUCCGUAACAUGCUGCUGAAGGAGAUCUGGGAGGCCGAGCUCACGAAGAAGAACAUUCCCUUCACUGAAAACCUGAACCUGAUCUCCAUGCUGGUGGACCAGCCCACAAUCAGCGAGUGGAAUCUGCAGGGCCUUCCGGGUGAUGACCUGUCGGUGCAGAACGGCAUCAUUGUCACCAAAGCUACCCGCUUCCCCCUCCUCAUCGACCCCCAGACUCAGGGCAAGGCUUGGAUCAAGAAGAAGGAGAAAGCCAACGAGCUCCAGGUCACGUCUCUGAAUCACAAGUACUUCCGCACCCAUCUGGAGGACAGCCUGUCCCUGGGUCGCCCUCUGCUCAUCGAGGAUGUACCCGAGGAGCUGGACCCAGCGCUGGAUAACGUGCUGGAGAAGAACUUCAUCAAGUCUGGAUCCUCCUACAAGGUUAAAGUCGGAGACAAAGAGAUCGACGUGAUGGACGGCUUCCAACUCUACAUCGCCACCAAGCUGCCCAACCCGUCCUACACGCCCGAGGUCUGUGCCAAAACCUCCAUCAUCGACUUCACCGUGACCAUGAAGGGCCUGGAGAACCAGCUGCUGGGCAGAGUCAUCCUGACCGAGAAAUACGAACUGGAGGCUGAGAGGCUGAAUCUGAUGCAGGACGUCACGGCCAACAAGAGGAAGAUGAAAGAGCUGGAGGAUAAUUUGCUUUACAAGCUCAGCACCACAAAAGGCUCUCUGGUCGACGACGAGUCCAUGAUCGGGAUCUUGAGAGUCACUAAGGAAACAGCAGCGGAGGUGAGCGAGAAGCUCAACGUGGCCACCGAGACGGAGACGAAGAUCCUCGCCGCUCAGGAGGAGUACCGUCCCGCGGCGUCCCGCGGCAGCAUCCUCUACUUCCUCAUCACAGAGAUGAGCAUGGUCAACGUCAUGUACCAGACCUCGCUCGCCCAGUUCCUCAGGAUCUUCGACCUCUCCAUGUCGAGGUCAGAAAAAACCCCCCUGACCCAGAAGCGCAUCGCUAACAUCAUCGACUGUCUGACGUACGAGGUGUUCAGAUACACGGUCCGAGGCCUGUACGAGAAUCACAAGUUCAUCUUCACUCUGCUGCUGGCUCUCAAGAUCGAUCUGCAGAAGGGCAACAUCAAGCACAGCGAGUUCCAGAUUCUUAUUAAAGGUGGUGCCGCCCUGGAUCUCAAAGCUUGUCCUCGUAAACCCUUCCGCUGGAUUCUGGACAUGACAUGGCUGAACCUGGUUGAGCUGAGCAAACUGCCCCAGUUCACCAACAUCAUGAGCCAGGUGUCCCGGAAUGAAAAGGGCUGGAAGGCGUGGUUCGAUAUGGACGCACCAGAGGACGCAGUGAUUCCCGAUGGUUAUAAUGAUUCACUGGAGAUCUUCCACAAAUUACUGCUUAUCAGAUCCUGGAGUCCAGAUCGCACGCUGUCUCAGGCCAGGAGCUACGUAGGGCACGCAUUGGGCGCGAGGUUCGCCCAGUCUGUUAUUCUCAAUCUGGAGGCAACGUGGGGGGAGAGCGACCCUCGUACCCCUCUGAUCUGCUUCCUCUCCAUGGGCUCGGAUCCAACCAACCAGAUAGAAGCUCUCUCCAAGAAACUCAGACUCGAAUGCAGAGCUAUAUCUAUGGGACAGGGACAGGAAGUGCAUGCGAGGAGGCUGGUGCAGAUGUCCAUCGCACAGGGAGGCUGGGUCCUGCUGCAGAACUGCCACCUGGGUCUGGAGUUCAUGGACGAGCUGCUGGACACCGUGAGCACAGUGGAGAACGUUCAUGAGAGCUUCAGGGUGUGGAUCACCACGGAGCCACACGACCGCUUCUCCAUCACGCUGCUGCAGUCCUCCAUCAAGUUCUCCAACGAUCCUCCUCAGGGAGUGAAAGCCGGACUGAAGCGAACGUUCGUCGGGAUCUCUCAGACUCAGCUGGACGUCAGCAACCUGCCCAUGUGGAAGCCGCUGCUGUACAGCGUCGCGUUCUUGCACACGGUGGUGCAGGAACGUCGCAAGUUCGGACCCCUGGGCUGGAAUAUUCCGUACGAGUUCAACUCGGCAGACUUCAGCUCCAGUGUGCAGUUCAUCCAGAACCAUUUGGAUGAGUGCAGUCCCAAAAAGGGCGUGUCGUGGGACACCGUGCGCUACAUGCUGGGAGAGGUGCAGUACGGAGGCAGAGUGACGGACGACUACGACAAACGACUUCUGAACUGUUUUGCACGAGUGUGGUUCGGCGACCGGCUGUUCGAGCCCUCGUUCUGCUUCUACACCGACUACAAUGUUCCCGUGUGUAAGACGGUGGAGGAAUACCUGGAGUAUAUUCACACUCUGCCCUACGUCGACACCCCUCAAGUGUUCGGUCUGCAUCCCAACGCUGAUAUCACGUAUCAGGGUAACACCUCAGCCGAAGUCCUGGACACCAUCACAAACAUCCAGCCUAAAGAGAGCGCCGGAGGUUCAGGAGAGACGCGAGAGUCGAUCGUCUACCGCCUCGCCCAGGACAUGCUGGAUAAACUCCCUCCCAACUACGUACCUCAUGAGGUGAAAGCCAGGCUGGUGAAAAUGGGAGCCCUGACCUCCAUGAACAUCUUCCUGAGGCAGGAGAUCGACCGCAUGCAGAGGGUCAUCAGCGUGGUCCGGACUA